AUGGAUAUACCGAUUCAAGCAACGGACUCCAACUCCACAGAUAACAAUGCCAAUUCAAACAAGAACAAUACGUCGCAAUACAAGAAAUGGUCGGAACCGGCGGUCUAUUCACUCCUCGUCCUCACCGGCCAGUCAGCAGCGACGCUUCUUGGCAGAUUAUACUACGAAAAAGGCGGCAAAUCCAAAUACAUGGCGGCGCUGGUGCAGACUGCCGGCUUCCCACUACUUGUCCCUUUCAUCUUCAUCAUCAAAUCAAGAAACAAACAAACCUCGGAUCGUUCCUCCGAUCACGUUCUAGCGCUCCCCGCUCUAUACGCGUGUUUCGGCACUUUUCUUGCAUUCAUUUGCAUGUUAUAUUCCGUCGGCCUCAUGUAUCUCCCUCUCUCAACCUUCUCCCUCAUCUGCGCCACCCAGCUCGGAUUCAACGCCCUCUUCUCUAACCUCAUCAACGCUCAGAAACUCAGCCCCACAGCUAUCAAUUCCGUGUUCCUCCUCACACUCUCCUCGGUCCUCCUCGCCCUGCAGCCGGGCGCGGCCUUGGCGGCGCCCGGAGGUAAGUACGUGGCGGGGUUCGCGUGCACGCUGGGCGGCGCGGCAGCGUACGCACUGGUGCAGUCAGCCGAGCAGCUGGCGUACGGGAAGGUGUUGAGGCGGCAGACGGUGAAGGAGAUCAUGGACGUGAUUUUCUACGAGUCGAUGGUGGCGAGUUUGGUGCUCGUGUUGGGGCUUUUCGGGAGCGGGGAGUGGUGGCAGCUGAAGGGGGAGGUUGAGGGGUUUGAAAUGGGGAAGGCGGGGUACGCGGCGGUGGUGGUGGGUUCGGCGGCGGCGUGGCAGGUGUUUGGGGUGGGGAUGGUGGCUUUGAUUAUCAAGAUCUCGGCUGUGUUCGGGAAUGUGGUGAGCGCUGUGGGUGUGGGCGUCGUGCCGGUUGUUGCGGUCGUGGUUUUCAAGGAUGAGAUGAGUGGUGUCAAGGUUGUGGCUUUGUUGUUGGCUCUGUGGGGUUCGCUGUCUUAUGUUUAUCACCAUUUUCUUGUUCAUCAUCAUCCCACCCAUAAUGGACAUGUGGAUCCGCUGCCGGAAACCUGUACCUCCGCCGAUUCUUAGUCACGCUGAUAGGUCGAGUGCUCAACUUAUGUUCGAAAACACAUAAAUAAUGUAGUGCUCAAAGAUCGGGGAUGCUCAUAUAAAAAAAAUUUACAGGCAAACAAAGAUUAAUUGAUCCAAAAAUGUUGCAUCAUAUGAAGUCAACAAGUUUUACAUUUCAAGGUCACAAAUAUUCUACAAAUAUGUGAUUACAGUGUAAUUCGUAUAGUUAAACCUGUAUGCACCAAGUUAAUGUCAGAUAUCUGUAUUUUUCAAAGUCAUUGUCAUCACCAUUUCAGAUGUGAAAAAUCCCAUGUUAUUGUGAAUAAACGUCUUAGCCUACAUUUCUGCUCAAGUGUAUCCCACAACCUUUUUUUCCCAGAAGUGCACGGUUUGGUUGCUAAUUGGAUUAACC